AAACCUAUUUAUCAACAACUGAUUCGAUGAACAAACAAACAUUACCGUUCAUAAAACGACAUCGCUUAUUUUCCUUGCCUUUAGCAAUAAUUCUCAAACCCCAGCAAGCAACUACAAAAUUGAGCAAUUUGUCUGUAACAUUAAUAUACUUUUAUUCUUAGUUUUUAGUUAGUAAUUUAAAUUUUUUUUUUUUUUUUUUUGGGGAUUCUUUAACGUCGUAAAAUUGAGAUGAUGAAAGUGAAAUUGUAGUUGUUGUAAAUUAAACUUGUCGGCAAGAAAUAAUGUCGUCUCCGGAGAUUUCCGGAAUCUUGGAGAACUCAAAGGAGCUCGAUCGGUUAAGGAAAGAACAAGAGGAAGUGCUGGUCGAGAUCAACAAGAUGCAUAAGAAGCUUCAAGCCACUCCUGAGGUGGUUGAGAAGCCUGGGGAUAAUUCAUUAUCUAGGUUGAAAAUUUUGUAUACUCAUGCAAAAGAGCUGUCAGAGACUGAAGUAACCGUUUCCACCAUGUUGUUAAAUCAACUUGAUGCUCUGCUUCCUUCCGGGCCUUCAGGACAACCACGAAGAAGGAUAGAAGGCAAUGAUCAGAAAAGGAAAAGAAUGAAGAAUGAUUCAGAUAUUUCAAGGAGUUCCACUAGUAUGCGAAGUCAACUUGAGGCUUGUUCUAAUUUAAAGGGUGAACAGGUAGCAGCUAGAGUCAGACUAGAUGAGGCUGAUAAGGAUGAGUGGUUUGUUGUAAAAGUUCUGCAUUUUGAUAAGGAGACAAGAGAAUUUGAAGUCCUAGAUGAGGAACCGGGUGAUGAUGAUGAGGGUGGCGGCCAAAGAAAGUACAAGCUGCCCAUGUCAAGAAUAAUUCCUUUCCCCAAGAAAAAUGAUCUUAGUAACGUCCAAGAUUUCCCUACUGGAAGUCAAGUUUUGGCUGUCUAUCCAGGAACGACUGCACUUUAUAAGGCAACUGUUGUUAAUGUCCAUCGCAAGAGGAAGACGGAUGAUUAUUUACUGGAAUUUGACGAUGAUGAGGAAAAUGGAGCAUUGCCGCAAAGGACGGUACCCUUCCAAAAGGUGGUAGCUCUGCCUGAGGAACCUCGUCAAUGAAUUCAUGCUGUUUAUAGCCAUGUAUAAAUCUCAAGUGUUAUGUAGCAUUGUGAACCUGAACAUUGACAUGCCUUAUUAUGUUCCUCUUUUGGUCAUUUGGAGGCGAUAAUGUAAAACUAUCUUCUGUUACUUUUCUAUGUUAUAUAGAAGGAAAAUUUAUUCCUUGUUACUC